UCGACCGAGCCAAUCGCGAGACCGUGGUCAAAUGUGAAAAGGCGCGUUCAUCGUCUGGCCUGAACGACACGUCUCGCAGGAAAGCGCUGUCUACUCCAGAAGUCCUAGAGAGGAUGCCUCUGGUGGCCGUGCUUGGAUCUGGCAUUAUCGGCUUGAAAGCCACAGAAGCCCUUGUCGAAGCAGGCUACAAUGUCGUCGUGGUUUCCAAAGACUUGCCCGGUGACCCUGUGGCCGCGUCCUGGGCCAGCCCAAGUGCCGGCGCUGUGAUAUACCCAACCUACACGGCCAAGUCGACGACCAGAGAAUUCGAGACUGCCACGUUCGGGCACUACUGGAGUCUUGCCCACACGGAUCCCUCGAGCGGUGCUCAGGUCAUCCCGGUGACAGAGUACUUUGCAGAGCCGUACGACCCGGACUCGCAGGCCUGGUACACGAAGGUGAAACCGUACUACCGCCACUCGGCACCGGAGGAGCUGCCUCUGGGAAUAAAGGACGCCGUGACGGUGGCGACGGUCGCCGUCAGCCCGCUGAUAUACCUCCCGUAUCUCCGGCGAAAUCUUGAGGCGCGCGGCACCAAGUUCUCACGGCUGACGGCCAAGAGUCUCGACCAAGUCCUCCGUCUGACCGGGGCCGCCGUCGUGGUCAACGCCUCGGGCCACGGGGCCAAGGAGCUCUGCAACGACGCGGCGUGCACCCCGGUCCGCGGGCAGGCCAUGUGGCUGCGCGACAGGCCGCGCGGGUGGAACAAGGUCCUGCUGUGUCAGGACGGAGGUUACACCUACGUAGUGCCGCGCCUGGGGACCGGCGGCUGCCUCCUGGGCGGCGUGCGGCAGGAAGGCGAUGAAGGGGACGCUGCAGAUCCGGCCCUGCGACGCGACAUCUUGCAGCGGGUCAACCAUCUCUCGGGCGGCGCGUUCAAGGACGUCAAUCUCGAAACCGACGUGGAUGAUGUUGUGGCAUGGCGGCCUGGCCGGGACGGUGGCCAUCGCCUGGAGAUUCAAGGACCCGACGUGGUCCACGCUUAUGGCUUUGACGGCGUGGGGUUUGCCGUCUCUUUCGGCGUUGGGAGGAGGGUGGUCGAGCUUGUCAAACAAUUGACUGGGGGUGAGAGGGCAAGGCUGUAG